AUGGCCCCAAAAGCAGAAAAGAAACCAGCUUCCAAAGCUCCAGCUGAAAAGAAACCAGCUGCUAAGAAAACCGCUUCCACCGAUGGUGCUAAAAAGAGAACCAAAGCUAGAAAAGAAACUUAUUCCUCAUAUAUAUAUAAAGUUUUGAAACAAACACAUCCAGACACUGGUAUCUCCCAAAAGGCCAUGUCAAUUAUGAAUUCGUUUGUUAACGAUAUUUUCGAAAGAAUUGCCACCGAAGCCUCCAAAUUAGCUGCUUACAAUAAAAAAUCCACAAUUUCCGCUAGAGAAAUCCAAACUGCUGUUAGAUUAAUUUUGCCAGGUGAAUUGGCCAAACAUGCCGUUUCCGAAGGUACCAGAGCCGUCACAAAAUACUCAUCUGCUUCUAGUUAG